UCGCCCGGGAGUACAGAAGAGAAACAAUAUGGCGGACAUUACAAUGAAAUAAUUAUACAUACCAAAGACUGCGGCGUUAAGUUGUGUUUGAAAAGAUUGCUUGUUUGAUAAAUAAUUCAGUUGCGGAGAUUGGAGUUACUUUAACGGAUUGAGACGUUAUGAGUGCUCAAAGGCGAAGUAGCUCUCGAAAUGGGAGACGAACUUCCACAGGGACUCCGAAGUCCCCUGCUUCUGGCGGAUUAACUUAUCCAACAAUACGACAAAGAGGUUAUUACUCUGAUAUCUUGGGAGGAGGAUCGAAAGAUGAGCUUGGGAAUAUCACUGGUGGCCCUGCAGCAUCAAGAAGUACAUUAUGGAAAACAGCAAAAGUGAAGCACAUGCCAGAAGUACAAACAUUCAAGGGACCCAUGUCAAGUCAGGCUUUGAGUUCACUGUUGCAGGAUCAAGUUCAUGGGCCAACAACAGCACCCAUCACAGUUUCUGACUUUCCAGAGAAAGCCUGGGAACCUAAGGUUCAACUCCCGUAUAAGGCAGAACAAGGCCAAGUUCCCAGAAAAAUUGAGAUUGAAAGGCAAAAGCGGAUAUUUGCCAAGCAAGACAUAAACUUGCUGUUAGAAGACCUUGGAGUUAAGACCUCUGAUCUUAUGCCUAAAGGAGACUACAAUAUGAGAGUAAAUCUCACAGGACCAGAUGCUGCGUCAUUUCCACCCUUCUUACCUCUUCACACAUUUGAUGACUCAGAGUUUGAUUGUCGUAAUCCUAAUGAGUGGCUGGAACUGGGUUUUGUUGAUGGAAAGCAGCACCCAGUACCAGGAAAAGCCCUCUUGUCAAGAGAUGAUGGUAAAAAUGGAAGAGAAUAUGCCUGGACAGAUGUUGGUACACUAGACUAUGAUGCUGAAAAACAGUUAUUUUUAGUGCAAGUUGUUGGUACAGGAGGCCUUCAGCACAAUGUUAUACCAACAGCAAAUGGGGUGGCAGAAAAUGGUAUAGUUAAUGGGGACACUCUGAAUGAGGAACCCAAAAGGAAACACUCCAAACUUGAAGCCCAACAGGUUUGGGUUCCACGAAUACAGCUUUUGUUUGCUGCUGAGGAUCCAGUGAACUUUGCCGAGAGAGUAGCCAAAGCAUAUGCUCUGCGUUGUGAAACUGAGGCAUUGCUGAGGUACAAUCUGUAUGUUGAUUGCAUGCCAAUGGAGGGUGUGGUGAGGCUUGAUCCCAGCUCAGUGGAAAGAAUGAUCACUUGGGCCAAGGGAACCAGAACACUAAAGAAUGACAAGAACUUGGAUGAACAUGUACGUCUAUUGUGCAAAGAAAUCCAGGUGGAUUUUUCACGCAGCAUGAACAGGAUCACAUUUGACAGGAUUGUUAGUAGUAAACCAGAAACUUAUCCCUUUGUAACUGUUCCACAAGAAGAGGUGGAGGUGAUUCCUGAGCGAGGUUUUCACCCAGAUGUUCCUUCAUAUCCCUUCGAUGAGAAGUUUGACAACUUUGCCUUCAACUGUCUGUUGACACGUGAAGAAGCCAUUGUGGCAAUGGCUAAAGUGAGAUCUGAAUGCAAUAAAGUUGCCAGCAUGUCUGUAUUCCAGGUUCCUGUCUCAAAAAGCAUGAAGCUUGAAGAGUUUGAACAGACACAAGCACAAGUCAGCACACAGGUACAGAUAUUUUUGCGAGACAGCUGGCUUAACACCCUGAGGACAGCCAUUCGUAGCAGCUUGUUGGAUGUUGGCAAGGGAUGGUUUAACAUGGAAGAAAGGAGUUGGGAAGUGUACCAAAUCUCAAAGCUUGCUAAAUUUAUGCAACUGGUCAAAUUUGCCAUGCAGGAUUCACUGCGUUAUUUGGUGCAGGAUUCCUUGGUAGCUUUUACCCAGAUGAUCCAAGAUGCCACAUUCAGCGUGAUGGACUUAGGGGAAGACUUUGACUGGGGUGCAGAUAUCAUAAACAGCAAUUACAAACCCAAGAAGAAUGCCCUGUUUAUGUUGGACCUGUCAUUGGAGAAGACAGGUGUUCAGUACAACACAGACCUUGAGAGCUUUGGGCGUGUGGUCAUCACACUGUUUGACAAAGGAAUCACAUGCACAAAGAAUGUGCCACAACUGGAAAAAAUAGUUAUUGAAGGAUUAUUCUGGAGUGGCACACCUCUUCUUGAGUCUGUUGGUGAGAAUGAACCUGAGGUGGUGAAGCUGAGGGAGACUGUACGGCAUGCCAUCAAACAGUCACUCAUUCCGCUGAGGGCUUAUGCUAAACAGUAUGAACAGUACCUUGACCUUUACAACAUGGAUAUAAACCAGUACCUCGUUGAGUAUGAUUCUCAAGAAAGAUCAGCUGCAGAAGUGAAGCAGGAGAUUGAACGACAUCUACAAGACAAAGAGACUCUGGAGAACUCUCUGCCAUCUAGCAUUGUGAUUGGUCCAUACUGGAUCUCGACUGAAGGAGUUAGGCAGGCACUUGCAAAGAAACGAAAAGCACUGGCAAAUGCCGUUAUUGAGUUGCUGGCAAAGAAACUUCGCAAACAAGCUGAUAUGGUUUGUGAGGAGUUCAAGGCAAUUGCACGACAGUUGUAUGACAAACCGAACAGCAUAGAAGAACUGGCAGAACAAAGAGAAUACAUGAAGCAAAUUCCAGAACAGCUAAAGAAGAAUCAGGAGCUGAUCGAUAAAGCCAUGGUAGAUUAUGAACUGAUUGAGGAAUUUAAUUACAAUAUAUCAGCCGAGGACUUCAAUGCAAAGUGGACUUGUAUAGGCUGGCCCCAUAAAAUCCAGCUGCAGAUGGAAGCAACAGAAGCCAGCCUUGAAUCGGAUGAAGAGAGAUUCCAGAAAAACCUUCUAGCAGACCAAAACACGUUCCAGGACAGGCUGGAUUCACUGAAUAUGGCUGUAGCAGGAUUUGCUGCUCACACAGACCUCAGUAAGUCACAUGAAGUGGCAAAUGAGGUGCGUCGACUCACUAAACAGCUCAAGGAAUGCCAGACGCUAGCUACUACAUACAACAACAGGGAGAGACUGUUUGGGCUGCCAGUCACAUCGUAUGACAAACUGGGCCGAUUAAUCAAAGACUUUGAACCAUUCAAAAACAUGUGGUUGACAGCUUCUGACUGGCAGAAAUGGUACGACAGUUGGAUGAACGAUCCUCUCACUACAAUCGAUGCGGAACAACUGGAACAGAAUGUAAACAAUGCAUUCAAGACGGUCUUCAAGUGUGUUAAACAUUUCAAGGAGAUUCCUGCCUGCCAGGAGGUAGCCAUGGAAGUAAAAGAAAAGAUUGAGAACUUCAAGCCGUACAUUCCACUCAUUCAGGGCUUGAGGAAUCCUGGAAUGCGAAGCAGACAUUGGGAACAGUUGUCCAAAGAACUUGGUUUUCCGAUUGUUGCAAACGCUCAGUUAACAUUUACAAAGUGCCUGGAAAUGAAGCUGCAAGACCACAUUGAGAUUAUUGCUAAAGUAGCAGAGAUCGCUGGCAAAGAAUACUCCAUUGAACAGGCCCUGGACAAGAUGGAGUCUGAAUGGAAGCCAGUCAUGCUCGAGGUAAUGCCAUAUAAGGAAACAGGCACGUUCAUCAUGAAAGUCAGUGAUGACUGCUCGCAGUUAUUGGACGAUCACAUUGUGAUGGCACAAAGCAUGUCAUUCUCACCGUACAAGAAGCCAUUCGAGGAGCGCAUUACCACGUGGGAGAGCAAGCUGGUGAUGACUCAAGAUGUGAUGGACGAGUGGCUACAGUGUCAGCGUCAGUGGCUGUAUUUGGAACCCAUCUUCAGCUCCGAGGACAUUAACAGGCAGCUACCUGUUGAAAGCAAAAGAUACCAGACCAUGGAGAGGAUAUGGAGAAAAGUCAUGACCAGUGCCAAGGGAAAUCCUCAGGUUAUUUCUCUGUGCCCAGAUGCCAGAUUGCUGGAAAGUCUUCGUGAAUGCAACAAAUUGUUGGAACAGGUUCAAAAAGGACUUAGUGAAUAUCUCGAGACCAAACGUUCAGCUUUUCCCAGAUUCUACUUCCUGUCAGAUGAUGAACUUCUGGAGAUUCUGUCUCAGACUAAAGAUCCUACUGCUGUUCAGCCUCAUCUGCGAAAAUGCUUUGAGAAUAUUGCCAAGCUUUCAUUCGAGGAAGACUUGCGUAUCUCAUCUAUGUUCUCUGGUGAGGGAGAGUGUGUCCCAUUCAGCAACAGUCUGUACCCGACAGGAAAUGUAGAGGACUGGUUACUGGAAGUAGAAAACACCAUGAGAGGAAGUUUGCGAGAGAUUUUAAACAGAGCAUUAUUAGUUUAUCCUGAGACUCCUCGUACAGAGUGGGUGUUACAGUGGCCUGGCCAGGUGGUGAUUGCCGGCUGCCAGACUCACUGGACCAAAGAAGUGUCUGAAGCACUGAUUGAAAACAAGAUAGAUGAACUUUAUAAAGCCUUGAUGGCUCAGCUCAAUGAUCUCGUUACUCUGGUGAGAGGAAACCUCAGUAAACUGGCGCGGAUGAUUCUGGGAGCUCUUAUUGUGAUAGAGGUUCAUGCUUGUGACGUCGUAGCAAAGAUGAUCUCUGAAAACGUGAAAAAUGUGAAUGAUUUUGAGUGGAUCAGCCAGUUAAGGUAUUACUGGGAAGAUGACAUGAUAAUACGCGCGGUGAAUGCACAGUUUGACUACGGCUACGAGUACCUUGGAAACACAGGCAGGCUGGUCAUAACCCCUCUGACGGAUCGCUGUUAUCUAACUCUUACUGGAGCGCUGCAUCUGAAGUUCGGAGGGGCACCUGCUGGGCCUGCCGGCACAGGCAAGACAGAGACCACAAAGGAUUUAGGCAAAGCCAUGGCGGUUCAAUGUGUAGUGUUUAACUGUUCUGAUCAGUUGGAUUUUAUGGCCAUGGGGAAGUUCUUCAAGGGUUUGGCCAGCGCCGGUGCUUGGGCCUGUUUUGACGAGUUUAAUCGAAUUGACGUGGAAGUGUUGUCUGUGGUGGCUCAGCAGAUCUCCACCAUUCAACAAGCUUUGGAAGCUAGGGCUGAACGUUUCAUGUUUGAAGGUGUUGAACUUGCGUUGAGACCUUCAUGUGCCGUGUUUAUCACAAUGAAUCCUGGGUAUGCAGGAAGAACUGAACUGCCUGACAAUCUCAAGGCUUUGUUCCGUCCUGUGGCCAUGAUGGUUCCUGACUAUGCCUUGAUCGCUGAGAUCAGUCUUUUCUCGUUCGGUUUCUCGGAAGCUAAAGCUUUGGCCAAGAAAAUUACCACCACAUUCAAGCUUUCUUCAGAACAACUCAGUUCUCAGGAUCACUACGAUUUUGGUAUGCGAGCCGUCAAGACUGUGAUUUCAGCUGCUGGUAACCUCAAGAGAGAAAAUCCAGACAUGAGUGAGGAGCUUAUCGUAUUACGUGCCAUUCGAGAUGUGAACGUACCGAAGUUCUUGCAAGAUGAUUUGAAGCUGUUCCGUGGAAUUGUCUCUGAUCUCUUCCCUAAAGUAGAAGAGAAGCCUAUUGAUUAUGGCGAUCUAGAAGACUCUAUCCGCAAGACUUGCCUGAAGCUAGGCCUUGAGGAUGUGGACGGAUUUGUGACCAAGUGUAUUCAACUGUACGAGACAACUGUAGUCAGACAUGGACUCAUGUUGGUUGGUCCCACUGGAUCAGGAAAAACAAGGUGUUACGAUGUACUGAAGAAAGCUCUUACAUCAUUGAAAGGUAAAGAUUCGCCAGCAGGUACCCCGUAUGAAGAGGUGCACACUUUUGUUCUGAAUCCUAAAUCCAUCACCAUGGGACAGCUGUACGGAGAAUUUGAUUUACUUACUCACGAAUGGACGGACGGUAUCUUAUCGUCCAUGAUCCGCGUUGGAAGCUCGAGUACAACAAGUGACAAGAAAUGGUAUGUGUUUGACGGGCCUGUGGACGCCGUGUGGAUUGAAAACAUGAACACUGUGUUGGAUGACAACAAGAAGCUUUGCCUUACGAGUGGAGAAAUUAUCAAACUCUCUGAGGCCAUGACGAUGAUGUUCGAGGUCCAGGAUCUUGCUGUUGCCUCCCCGGCCACCGUCAGCCGCUGUGGUAUGGUGUACCUGGAGCCGAGUAUCUUGGGUCUUGCGCCGUUUGUGAACUGUUACAUGAAAACACUGCCUGACGCAAUAUUUGAUCACAAGGACAAGUUACAAUCGCUUUUUGAUAGAUAUUUAGAGGAUUCCCUUACGUUUCUGAGGAAUAACACCAAGGAGUUUGUUACAACUGUCAACAGUAACUUGACUUGUAGCCUGAUGCGUAUUCUGGAUUGUUUCUUUGCUCCGUUUGUUCCGAAAGAGGGAGAGACCAUCCCUGCAGAGAACAUAGCUUUGGUCGAGACGCUGAUCGAGCCGUGGUUUAUCUUUGCUCUUAUCUGGUCUGUUGGAGCAACAUGCGAUGGUGACGGGCGAAAGAAGUUCAGCGAAUAUUUAAGAAAGAAGAUGGAUGACGAGAAGGUUUCCAUGAAGUUCCCAAGUUACGGUCUGGUGUAUGAUUACUCACUGGAGGAUGGAGGGGUCAGCCGCAAGCACGGCAAGGAUGACGACGACGAGGAUGAUCACACGGAGGAGGUGAAAUGGGUUAACUGGAUGGCUAACACAGCUAUGCCUGAUAUUCCACCGGAAAUGAACUUCUCUGAUAUCAUUGUACCCACCAUGGACCUGGUUAGAGGGUCUUUCGUGCUGGAGAUGCUGUUAACAAACAACAAAAAAGUGAUGUGUGUGGGUCCAACAGGCUCUGGUAAAACGUUGUGCGUAGCAAACAAGCUGCUCAACUACAUGCCCAAAGAGUUCCUGUCUCAUUUCCUGAAUUUCUCAGCGAGAACAUCUGCUAAUCAAACACAGGAUAUUAUCGAUAGCAAACUUGACAAGAGACGUAAAGGCGUGUUCGGUCCUCCUCUGGGAAAACACUUUGUGUUUUUCGUCGACGAUCUAAACAUGCCAGCUCUGGAAGUGUAUGGCGCCCAGCCUCCAAUAGAAAUCCUCCGUCAAUACUGUGAUCACAAGGGAUGGUACGACAGAAAGGCGAUAGGAACCUUUCGUGAACUAGUGGAUAUCAACUUUGUGGCGGCAAUGGGCCCCCCAGGGGGUGGUAGAAACCCUGUGACUCCUCGGUUCCUCAGACACUUCAAUCACCUGUCAUUCACUGAGCUGGAGGAUGACAGUAAACACAGAAUUUUUGCCACCAUUCUCAAAUCUUGGAUAGCUUCCUACGCUGGCGAGGAUAAAGAGUCACUAUGCGACAGUUUGGUCGGAAAUACCAUUGCCGUUUAUAACACUGUUAUAACUCAGUUGCUACCCACUCCAGCCAAGAGCCACUACACGUUCAACUUGCGAGACUUGUCGAAAGUGUUCCAAGGAAUUCUUAUGGCUCAGCCACAGAAACUGAGCGGUAAAGAAGAUGUACUGAGGCUGUGGUACCACGAGAACUGCCGGGUGUUCCAGGAUCGUCUAGUUAACGACGAGGACAGAAAAUGGUUCGUGGAUCUGAUUCGAGACAAGAUGGCGUCUGGGUUUGAGAUGGCGAUGGACGAUGUGGUGAAAGAUUCCACCAUGAUUUACGGCGAUUUUAUGGUUCCUAGCGCUGAGAAUAAGAUUUAUGGAGAAGUGCCCAGUUUUGACAAGAUGGUGAAGAUCAUGGAGGAGUACCUCGAUGACUAUAACCAGAUCAACACGGCUCAGAUGAGGCUGGUUCUGUUUGGUGACGCCGUACGUCACGUGGCGCGUAUCAGUCGUGUGAUUCGUCAGCCUCUAGGUAACGCUCUUCUGCUUGGUGUGGGAGGAAGCGGACGACAGAGUCUUACAAGGCUAGCCGCCCACAUGGCCGAGUACGAGUGUUUCCAGAUUGAGUUGGCGAAGAAUUAUGGCGUUCCGGAAUGGCGUGAGGAUCUGAAGAAGGUGCUGCUGAAAUCAGGAGUAGAGAACAAAUCCAUGGUCUUUCUGUUCAGUGAUACGCAGAUCAAGAGCGAAAGUUUCUUGGAAGAUCUAAACAACGUUCUGAAUGCUGGUGAUGUGCCAAACAUCUUCGCACAAGAUGAGCUGGACACGAUUUUUUCAGCCAUGAAACCUGUAGUACUUGAUUUGGGGCUCCAACCCACCAAGGCGAAUCUAUACUCAGCCUUCACUAAACGAGUGCGAGCUAAUACACAUAGUGUUGUGUGUAUGAGUCCGAUUGGUGAGAUAUUCCGAGCACGGCUUCGUCAGUUUCCGUCUCUGGUCAACUGCUGUACGAUUGAUUGGUUCUCGGCUUGGCCUGAGGAGGCCUUGCGUUCCGUGGCCUCAACUUUCCUUGGAGAAAUUCCUGAACUGGAUGAGUCUUCUGCGAUGGAGGGAUUGGUUACCAUCUGUGGAGUUAUUCACCAGUCGGUAGCUGUCAAGUCAAAGCAAUAUCUGGCUGAGUUGUCGCGACACAACUAUGUCACACCCACCAGCUACUUGGAACUUCUAGGCACAUUCCGAAAGUUGGUUGGCAUGAAGAAAUCAGAGUUCCUUACUGCAAGAAACAGAACAAAAGUGGGCUUAGACAAAUUGCUAAGCACAGCAGAUGAAGUGGAAAAGUUACAGGAGGAACUCGAGUCUAUGCAGCCUUUGUUAGCUCAGGCAGCUGAAGAAACUGUCGAGACAAUGGAGAAAAUCAAAGUAGACUCGGUGGUGGCCAAUGAGACUAAGGUUGUCGUGCAAAGAGAGGAAGAGGAAGCUGCUAAGAAAGCCGCCGAGACCCAGGCCAUCGCUGAUGACGCUCAGAGAGACUUGGACGAGGCUCUGCCAGCACUGGAAGCUGCCCUGGCGAGUCUCAAGUCUUUGAACAAAACUGAUGUUGUGGAGGUUCGAGCUCUUCAGCGUCCCCCUCCAGGCGUAAAGCUUGUGAUUGAAGCUGUCAGUAUAAUGAAAGGCGUCAAACCAAAGAAGAUUGCAGGAGAAAAGGUUGGUACGAAAGUCGAUGACUAUUGGGAGCCUGGUAAAGCUUUGCUUCAAGACCCUGGAAAGUUCCUCGAGGGCCUCUUCAAGUACGAUAAGGACAACAUUCCUGAUGCAGUGAUUCAGAAAAUCCAACCCUACAUUGACAACGAAGAUUUCCAGCCUGCUGCCAUUGCGAAGGUAUCCAAAGCUUGUACAUCAAUUUGUCAAUGGACGCGAGCCAUGCACAAAUAUCAUUUUGUGGCCAAGGCUGUAGCUCCUAAACGGGCUGCGCUAAAGCAAGCCACAGAGGAACUACAGGAAACUCAAAGGGUUCUCGCGGAAGCCAAAGCUCGGCUGGCAGAGGUUGAGGAGGGCAUCGCUUCACUUCAGGCCAAGUACGAGGAAUGCAUAGCUAAGAAACAAGAACUGGAAUUCAAGACUGAACAGUGCUCUGCAAGGCUUGGUCGAGCUGAAAAGUUGAUUGGUGGCCUCAGUGACGAGAAAGUCCGCUGGCAUGAAUCAGUGCUGGCGAUGGAUGGUCAGAUUGUGAACAUUGUUGGUGACGUCAUGAUUUCAUCAGGGGUCAUCGCCUACCUUGGCACAUUCACGGGUGAAUACCGCGUAUCUAUGGUAGAAGAAUGGCUGACAGAAUUGCGUGGUUUGGAAAUCCCUCACUCGGACAACUGUUCUCUUGUGCCAACACUCGGAGAUCCUGUCAAGAUUCGUAACUGGCAGAUUGCCGGAUUACCUCGAGAUACGCUUUCCGUAGAGAAUGGUGUUAUUGUACAGUUUUCUCAGCGAUGGCCGCUGUUUAUUGACCCUCAGGGACAAGCUAACAAGUGGAUAAAGAGCUUAGAGAAGGACGCAGGUCUUGAUGUUAUCAAACUCAGUGACCGUGAUUUCUUACGAAGCUUGGAGAACGCUGUUCGGUUUGGUAAACCGUGCCUAUUGGAGAACGUUGGAGAGGAGCUGGACCCAGCAUUAGAGCCUAUCUUACUAAAACAGACAUUCAAGCAAUCAGGUAGCACGGUGAUCAAACUUGGAGAUGCCAUUAUCCCUUACCAUGAUGACUUCAAGUUUUACAUCACUACAAAGCUACCUAACCCUCACUACACACCAGAGGUGUCCACAAAGGUUACCAUUGUCAACUUUACACUCUCGCCAGGCGGUCUCGAGGAUCAGCUGCUAGCUUUAGUUGUUGCUGAAGAGAGACCCGACCUGGAGGAAGCUAAGAAUCAGUUGAUUGUCAGCAACGCGAAAAUGAGACAAGAGCUGAAGGAAAUUGAAGACAAGAUUCUUCACAAGCUGUCGGCCUCAGAAGGAAGUCCUGUGGACGACAUAGAUUUGAUUCACACAUUGGAGCAAUCUAAAGCCAAGUCCAUGGAAAUCAAGGCUAAAGUGGUGAUCGCUGAACAAACCGAGAAAGAUAUUGAUGAGACACGCAGCUUGUACAUCCCUGUGGCUGUCAGGACUCAGAUUCUUUUCUUCUGUACUUAUGACCUGGUAAGUACUGUUUGUGCAGUUGUUUUCUGAUCAGAUGGCGAUCAUCUGAUCGUCACGUGUUAGGGGUAAC